UCGACGGAUACCCCAUCUAGCAACCAAUGAUACCCACCAACCUGCCGCCCUUUCUGGUGCUUAGCUUUGUCACAUGUCUCCUUCUCUCUUUUUCGUCGGCCACUGCGACGGACUGGAUCCAAUAUCCCGCUGAUGGUAUUGCAACGCUGACUCACUAUACCCUGCCGGAGAACUAUAUCGCUGCUUGCGGAUGUACUGCAGAUAGCACGCACUACCCGACCGCUGCUAUGAGUCAGAUGGCCUACGGCAGCAGCGCCGCAUAUGGGCCUGCGUGCGGCCGCUGUUUCAAAAUCACGCUUCUCAAUACCUUUUUGUCGGACCCACCAUUCUAUCCAGCUGUGAAGAACAGUGUGGUGGCCAAAAUUACUGACUUGUGUCCUGCCGACGGAGAUGAUUGGUGCUCAGCCACCGCGACCAAGCCGAACGCAGGUGGUGCAUACAUGAAUUUUGAUCUCGCUUGGCCCUCGAACUCGAUAUCUAGUGACUUCUUUCCGUCGAAUGUCUCGGAAUAUGGAUACACGGAUUUUGGCGUCUGGAACGUUAGCUACGAGAGUGUUGAAUGUCUGGACGACUGGCAGGGAGGCAAAGUGGCGGCAGCAUUGGGUAGUGCGCCUGAUUUGGGAAGCGUAUGCUGUCCUGCCAACCCUUCGGGCAAUGAUACUUGCCCAUCUUAUUCGGAAGACAAUGGCAUUCCGCCCGACACAACGACUUCUGCUUCAUCUUCCUAUGGGUCUGCAACAGUUAACGCUGCAUUGAUGUUCCUUUCUGCUUGUGCUAUCCUUAUUGCUUUGUUCCUGGUUUAGCCGAUGCAUGCUUGGACUGCAGCCUGUAUGUGUGUGUCGUGCGGAUUUUCUUAUUGACCUCGCGUGUUGCCUUUGUAAUCUUUAUUCCAACCACGCUCCUUUGUAUUGGGUACUAAUAAUUUAAACUAUGGCCGUCUCGAUCGAUCACUUUCCUGAGAAU